CGCUCUUUAAACUGUCAGUGAGAAAAGCGCUACUUCUAUCAGAACUGAGGAGUUUCUUGUGUCCAGGUUUUUCGCGUUUAAGAAGAAAAGAUGGAGGAGUACCAUUCUGGAGAAGAAGUGUCUUUCAGCCCAGAUGAAUCAAGUAAUGUCGUGAAAGAGUGCAUCGAGGGUAUAAUUGGAGGUGUGGACUACAGCCAGAACAAAGUGAACCAGUGGACAGCCAGCAUAGUCGAACAUGCUCUCACUCAGCUAGUCAAGCAGGGAAAGCCAUUUAAGUACAUUGUUAACUGUGCCGUGAUGCAGAAAAGCGGUGCAGGUCUUCACACAGCAAACUCGUGUUACUGGGACACUACCACUGACGGAAGUUGCACAGUCCGGUGGGAGAACCGCACCAUGUACUGUGUGGUCAGUGUGUUUGCUGUGGCUAAUGGGCUAUGAAGGAACCAAGCCUGAUACAUGCACAAACGCUGGCAUAGAAGGGCAACGCCAUCUUCACCCUGACGUUUAC